UUAACAAGAUAAUAACAACGGUAUAACGAAAAUGUAAAGAAUGAAUAACGAUAAUGGAACAUUGUACACGACUACUGAAAAAACGACGAAAAUUCGGAAAAGGAUAAUGAAAAUCUGUUGUCUUCUUGAAGCAUUGGCUAGAGAUGAUGGCGUUACUGUUGUGUUGCUCGCUCUGAGAACUUUCUAGUAAUGUAGUUUCAGUUGUUCCCAGAAAAGAUCAAACGUAUGCGCAUACGCAAAAUUUGAUCGAAUGGCGACUGUCUUUACAUAGAAGAGUGCUUAUUCCCGCCCAGAAAGCGUUUAACUAACGAGUGCGUUUGAAGACUUUUAUGCAUUUUUCAUUGCGAUUUUACUAAAAAUGAUAAUAGAGAAUCCAGAUCAAUUCAAAGCGUGGCUUACUGCCGUUUUGGAGCCGCUCUGUGAUGCAGAUCCUGCUGCAUUAGCUAAAUAUGUAUAUGCCUUGGUUAAGAAAGAUAAAACCUUAGAGGAGUUAAGAGGUUGUAUGGUAGAACAGCUUGAUGUAUUUUUGCAACAAGAAACUAAAAAUUUUGUGGAGCUAUUAUUUAAAACUUUGGAGACUCAAGAAUAUAUACUUCCACCCACUAAGGGAGAUCCAGAUGGUGGUAGAACUCCACCAGGUGUAAAUCCACCACCUCCAGUGAUAACAUCAGAAAAAACUGCAGAUACAACAAUUUCUUUAGCUCCUGUAAUUACUAAUCCUGUUGCACCGCUUCAAGUAAAUGGCUCGACGCCUACAGCUAUUUGCAAACGUGAAACAAGAAAAUCUGAUUCUGAUAAGGGUGAUAAGGAGAAAGAAAAACGUUCUCGAAGUCGGAGUGGUCGUAUGAGAUCAAGGACAAGAUCUCGAUCGCGUUCUUGGGAAAGAGAUAGACGCAGAUCAAGAAGCAGAGAACACAUUCGUCGCGACAGAGAACGUGAUAGGAGUCGUCCAUGGCGGAAUGAAUCUCCACCUAUCACAGCUAGACGACACGACAGAAGACGCACUAGAAGUCGUAGUACAUCUCCAAUACGACCAAGGUUACGAGAUGGUCCCGAUAGUCGCGAUCAUAGAGCACGUUUCAGAAAUAGAUCUCCAACCCCGUUGAGAUCCAGAUCACGAUCAAGAUCCUUAGAUCGUAAAAAAAUAGAACGUUCAGAGAGGUUGGAUGUAGAUAGAUCAGAACGAGUAGAAGGAAGUCCGGGUGGUGGUACUCCAACACAAGAUAGUAAUCACGGAGACGUAGACAUGAGGUUAUCUACUACAAGUCAAUCGAUCCAAAGUGUUGUUGCUGUUGCAUCUAAUAUGCCAAGCAAUCAAAUUGGUCCUUUUCAAGCAAAGAGAAGAUGUAGAGAUUUUGAUGAGAAAGGAUAUUGUAUGAGAGGAGAUCUUUGUCCUUAUGAUCAUGGUACUGAUCCUGUUGUAUUGGAGGAUGUUGCUCUAAGUCGUGUUCUGACUUUUGGACCACAUAGUCAUCAAGCUCCAGGUACAGUACCAGUAACAGCAGUACCUGAUCCACCUCCAGGUCCAAAUGGCAAUGCACCGCCACCACACCUUCCACUUGCAAGUCUGCCACCACCGCACUUACGAAAUCAACAUCAUUCUAAUAUGGAUGCAUUUGCAGAAUACAAUCCAGAUGCUCCUAGUAUGGAACCAAGAAUGCCAUGGGGUAGACACCCACAGACUGGAUCUGGACUCUAUGGAAGAGGUCAAAGGGAAUUGAUUAGUGUACCAGUAAUUCCUCACACAAAUUCGACAGAAAUAACACAUAGUCAAGCAAAUCCAUUGAAACGGAAACAAGCAUUUGAUUUUAAUCGUCUUGGACCAAAACAAAGAGCAGUGCACAAUCCAGCUAACUGUUCUUUAGAAUUGAAGAAAGUUCCCCGAAGUUUAAACAAUAUAACACAAUUGAAUAAUCACUUUUCCAAAUUUGGAAAAAUUGUAAAUAUUCAAGUUAAUUUUGGAGGUGAUCCAGAAGCAGCUUUAGUUACUUUCCAGUUACCUACAGAAGCUAAGGCUGCAUACAGAAGCACUGAAGCUGUAUUGAAUAAUAGAUUCAUAAAAGUGUUUUGGCAUAACAUAAAUAAUAAUUCAGUUAGUGGAGCUAUAGAAAAUGUACCACCAGGUUGCCGUCCUUCCGUAAAAGAAAGAUUAGGUGCUGCUUUAAAUUUGCCAGCAAAAUCGGAGGAAAAUGAGUAUGUGCCCACACGUCGUUCGUCGGAUGAACAAAAUACACAGAAUGUGAUUCCAACAUCACCAAAAGCGGCAGCAGUUCCUACACGAGAAGAAAAAGUUUUAGCAAUAAAAAAAACGCAGGAGAUACUAGCGGCUAAAGAAACAUUAAAGAAAAAGCAAGAAGAAAAACGUAAAGAAGCUAUAAAAUUAACUGCUGAUUUAAGGAAAAGAAAACAAGAACUUCUAGACAAACAUCUUGUAGAAAUUAGAGUUUUAAUAGAUAAAGCGGAGAAAAAUCCAGAGCAGAAGGAUGCAAUUAUGGCAACAAUUAAAACUAUGCAACAAUCCAUUGAUAAUUUACGUAAAGAUUUAGCUGCAAAUGGACAAAUUUGUGGAAAUAAAUCGCAGAUCAAGUCCAAAGAACAAACUCAAAAGGAGAUUUUAGAUGCUGAGCUGGAUUUAAUGACUGCUCAGCAGGAGGGUCAAGAUGCAGGAGAAUUGCAAAAGAGAUUAAAUGAAUUACGAGCUCAAGCUGCUGCAUUAGGUUUACAUGCGAGUCCAGGUGUAGGUAGAGGUGCGAGGUCUAGUAGAAUUAUACGUGGAACUCAUGCAGUUUCAUAUAGGGGUCGUGGAAGAGGAAGUUAUGCUCACGUUUCAGUAGAUCAUAGACCAACGAGUCUUCUAGUCUCAGGUUACGAAACGGAGGAAAAAUCAGAUGUUCUAGCACAUUUUCAACAAUUUGGAGAAAUAGUGAACCAAAUUAUAGAUGAUACAACACCAUCUAUUGUAAUCAAUUAUAAAUCCAGAAAAGAAGCCGAAGUUGCAAUGUUAAAAGGCCGUACCUUUCAAGAUAGAUUAUUAUCUAUAACCUGGGUAUCCGGGCAUCACUUACAUCGCGGUGGAAGUGGAAAUAAUCUGAAUUCAUCCGUACAACUUUCUGUACAUUCUGAACAAGCACCACCUACAGCUGAAGAAGAAAUCGAUUUAGAAGGAACAGCAGAAGCAUUACUUCUUGAAGAAAAUGAAGAGGAAGAGGAGGAAGAUGGGGAACCACGCAGUUGGCGACGAUAGCAGCAUCAGCGUUAUUUAUGACAAAAGUGCGUUAUUGGCUACAGUGGUAGUAGCAUUUUUUGGGCAUAUCGAUGUUUGCUCAGUUCUUUCAUGACUGCUACAUCGCUGCUUAAUGUUUCAAAUACAAUGAUUUUGUCAAAAAAGUCACGUUAUGGGCUCAUUGGCGUUAUAAUGAGCAUUACAAUACUUGUUAAUACUAUUAAAUAUGCGUGUGCAUUAUAACGGUAUAUCUAUACUGUGUCCAAUAAUGCGCAUCACGAAAAUAGGCCAGUAUACAAGUUUCCACAACACGACUAACCAAAUUUAUCUCAUUAUUUCUAGAAUAAAAUCGCUAUGUUUUGUAUGGGAAACUCUUAUUCUAACUUUAAGUCCUCAUCUUUCAUCUGUAGAAUUGCGAUUAUUUCUCGUUAUGAUAUUAUAAGGUUUUAUGAUGUAGUACAUAAAUCUAGAGUAAAUAGGCAUAUGUAGUUCUAAACAUUUUUCUGUCGAAAGCGAGAAAACUAUAUUUAUAAUUUGUAUAAUAUACAUAGCUUAUUCUAGAUCUUCUUCAUAAGAGAUAGCGUAUAACGCUUAAAGUAGUGUAAAUGAUUUUUUACUUUCACUUAAAUGUACUAUUUAAAAAUUGUUCCUGUAAUCAUGUACAGUAUCAUGUAUAAUUUUCAUUGUUUUGUUUUACCUAAUGUCAGUGAAUUAAGUUGGUAACGCCAAAA